UCCCGCCCCCGCUCUUUCUGUGUCUGUGUGUGUGGCAGGUGACAUUUUGGUAGUAAAAAUUAACUUCUCAGUCCAGCUGAUCGGUCCUCAGAUAAACAUCAGUUUGUUUAGAAUGGAGUAAACCUCUCUCUCUCUCUCUCUCUCUCUCUCUGAGCAGCGUUAGAUGCCUGGGUGUCAGCGACUCUCUACAGUCAGUUCGUCGUCUUUGUCAGAGAUGGAGAAUGGAGGUGAGGACACGGAGUCUCUGUGGGAGUCGGUGGAGAGUAACCGCUACAUCUUAACUCGCUACAUCUCGCCCGGUAAACUGACCCCUUACCUGCGCCAAUGUAAGGUUCUAGACGAACAGGACGAAGAUGAGGUCUUAAACUCACUACUGCUGGUCUCCAAGGUCAACCGGACAGGUCGUCUGUUAGACAUUCUUCAUGGUAAAGGAGAGCGAGGUUAUGUGGUGUUUCUGGAGAGUCUUGAGUUCUAUUAUCCCGACCUUUACAAGCUGGUGACCGGCAAGGAACCCACCAGACGCUUCUCCACUAUCGUUGUGGAGGAGGGUCAUGAAGGGUUAACCCAGUUCCUGAUGAAUGAAGUCGUCAAGCUGCAGCAGCAGGCCAAGGCUAAAGAUGUCCAGAGAGUUGACCUCAUUGGGAAACAGCGCACCCUGGAGGAUGAACAGAAGAAACUACGCCUGACCAACCAGGAACUGUCAGCCUUCCAGCAGAGAUACAACAAGAUGAAGGAAGACAGGAACAACUAUAAUGAUGAGCUACUAAGGGUGAAGGAUGAGAACUACAAGCUGGCCAUGCGGUAUGCAACGCUCAGCGAGGAGAAGAACAUGGCUGUGAUGAGGAGCAGGGACCUGCAGCUGGAGAUUGACCAGCUGAAACACAGACUAAACAAACUGGAGGAGGAGUGUAAGAUGGAGAGAAGACAGAGUCUGAAACUGAAGAACGACAUCGAGAACCGACCCAGAAAAGAACAGAUCUUCGAACUGGAGAGAGAGAACGAGGUUCUGAAGAUCAAACUGCAGGAGCUGCAAUCUAUCAUACAGCCAGGGCCUCUGCCUGCGUCUGACAAGGCGAUCCUGGACAUUCUGGAACACGACCGCCAGGAGGCGUUAGAAGACCGACAAGACCUGGUCAACAGACUGUACAACCUGCAUGAAGAGAUACGGCAGGCUGAGGAGCUACGAGACAAGUACCUCGAGGAGAAAGAGGAUCUGGAGCUGAGGAGCUCUACACUACAGAAGGACUGUGAGAUGUACAGGAACAGGAUGAACACCAUCAUUAUACAGCUGGAGGAGGUGGAGAAGGAGAGGGACCAGGCGUUCCGGGCCAGAGAUGAAGCCCAGCACCAAUUCUCUCAGGGUCUGGUUGAUAAAGACAAGUACAGGAAACAGAUCAGAGAGUUGGAGGAGAGGAGUGAUGAGCUGCAUAUAGAGAUUGUUCAUAAAGAGGCUAAGAUCGUCACGUUGGAGUCCAGACUGAGACGACUGUCCAAAGAUACGGCUCAGGACCAGAGUUUGCCCAGAAACGUCCCCCCGACUGUCAUCUCUCAGGUGAUGGGGGAGGAGCCUAAAUCUCUUGGCCAAUCAGAGGGCUCCAGUGACGAGUCGCCAGAGGAGAAGUUCUUCCUUCCAGAACCCCGCCUCAAGAGACGACACAACCUGAAAGCAGUGAUUACCAGAGUGAAGUCUCCAGUCUCCACCCUCAAAACUCUGGACCUGCCAAUCAACACAGAGGACAUUCUCCGUCCAGGUGGUGGUGGAGCGUCUCCAGAUGUGAUGAUGUCAGAGAGUCACCUGAGCAGCACGUGUCCCCCCUCCCCCUCCCACUCCCUCUCCCACUCCCACUCCCCCUUCCCCAUCCGCCCCAUCACAGAGCUGCCCAGCAAGACUACCAUGCUGCGCUACCGUAACGACAGCAUCAUGUCCACCAACCCCGAGCCGCCAGGAAACGCAUCACUGGUCCGUCGGACGCGAGAGGGAGAGACUGAAUUCCAGCCCCGCGGCCUCUGUGACUUUGAAUAUGAGAGUGUAGACAACAUGGAUUAUGAUGAGGAAAUGGAGACACAUGGUCCUCCCUCGCUCCACUCCUCCUCCUCCUCCCAUCAGUCAGAAUGUUUAGACUCCUAUGACCUGGAGACCGUCAACAACAUUUUCAGGAAACUGUCCCUGGAGAGGCCUUUCCGUCCGUCUCUCUCCUCCUUCUCGAGGGUCAGCUCUUCUCUGCGGCCAGUCCAGGAGCUUUCAAUGCUAGGCGACCAACUAUUGGCUGAUGUCACGCUGGUUGGUGGUAACGACAGUGGAAUCUUUGUGUCGUCUGUCCAAUCAGAGUCCGGCGCUGAGAAGGCAGGGCUACGGGAGGGCCACCACCUCCUUUUGCUGGAGGGCUGUAUCCGUGGGGAGAACCAGAGCAUCUCAUUGGACACCUGCACCCAGGAGGAAGCCCAUUGGACGAUGCAACGUUGCUCUGGACCAAUCCAACUGCACUACCGUGCCAACUAUGAUGGGUACCGGAGGCUGCAGAGUGAUCUAUCGGAGGGAACGGUGACGUCAGGAGACUCAUUCUACAUCAGAAUCAACCUCAACAUCUCUGGCCAAUCAGACACCUGCUCCCUGAGCGUGCUCUGUGAUGAGGUGGUCCAUGUCCUGGACACGAUGCACCAGGGGAAGUGGGAGUGGCUUUGCUCCCGGGUCGAACCCUACUCUGGAACCGACCUACUGGAAAAAGGCACCAUCCCCUCUUACUCACGGGCUCAGCAGCUGCUCCUGGUAAAGAUGCAGAAGCUGGUGUGUCGAGGAGGAAGAGAGGAGAAUGACAGCCUGCGCAACUUCAAGAACAGUUUACAGCCUGAAGAGUCCAGCCUGUCCCAAGACCCCAAAUCCAGCCCUCGCAUGUCCAGAGCCAGCGUCUUCAUCACACAGAUACUACAGUUUGUCAGCAGGGUGGAUAAUAAGUAUAAGCGUAUGAACAGCAGUGAGCGUGUUCGCAUCGUGAGCUCAGGAAACCCAACGCUUCCCAGAGCAGGCUUCGAAACCCUCAGACAGGAUGACUGUGCAGACCCAUACAGUGAUGUGAGUAGGAGUGUGAACCUGGUUCCGUACAGCCUGGUCUCCCCCCAGCGGGUCCAGAGGAAGAGGCCGGUUCUGAUCAGUCCAAACAGUCUGGCCCGGACCGUUAUACAGAAGAUACUCAACAUGGGCGGAGCCAUGGACUUCAACAUCUGCAAACCAGAUGUCCUAACUAAAGAAGAGUUCUUAAUGAGACAGAGGAUUGACCCCAUCAUCUCCUCCAGAGAGAAAAACCCCAACACCUACGAGGUUGUCUCUCCUGAGAACAUAGAGGCCGUCGCUGCAAAGGGUAAACACUGUUUGAUGGAGGCUGACGUGAGCUGUGUUAAAGACCUGCUGAGGAGAGAGAUCUACCCAAUCAUCAUCCACAUCAAGAUCUGUGACAAGAACAUCAGGAAGCUAAGGAAGCUGCCUCUUCGUGUGGACAGUGAGGAGGAGUUUGUCAGAGUGUGUCGGAGCAGAGAGAGAGAGCUGGAGAGUGUUCCGUGUCUCUAUGCGUGUCUGGAGCCUGAGGAAUGGGCUGGGCCUGAUGACCUCAUCAGAGUGGUGAAAGACAGAAUCCAGGAGGAACAGAGGAAGACUGUCUGGGUGGAGCAAGACCUGCUGUAACGCACACAGAGGAAUGCACACCUCACACACACACACACACACACACACACACACACACACACACACACACACACACACACACACACACACACACACACACACACACACACACACACACACACACACACACACACACACACACACACACACACACACACACACACACUGCAAGAUGGCGACGCUGGGUAGGGCAUGCAUUUUGCAGGCUGCCUCUCAACUUUGCUAUUUAAUGUGUAUUUCAUGUGUUUUUAAUGUAUAGUCAAUGUAUAUUUCUGUGUAAUUCCUCACUUUUGUUUGCUCUGCUAAAUUGACUAUAUUUUUUAUUCCAUUGAGCUAAUUUGUAUUAUUCUUAACGUAUUUACUCCUAUUUUUAUUAUGUCACAUAAUAGUUGGGAGUCCCCUUAGGGGCGGCGCACAAUUGGCCCAGCGUCGUCCUGGUUUGGCCGGAGUACGCCGUCAUUGUAAAUAACAGUUUGUUCUUAACCGACUUGCCUAGUUAAGUAAAGAUUAAAUAAAAUAAAAAAUACUAAAUUGUUGAUGGGUGAA